UUUCAUUUAUUGAUUAGAAUUCAGAGCAUUUAGGCUUUUUUCAUCCUGGGGACAAAGUUUUUACCUUGAAUUUUCUUACUGCAGAUGUCCAGCAGUGGCUUGGAGGAGAACUCCAUCGUUGCCAUAGUGGUAAUCAUGUGCUGGGAGUUGGGAAGGCUAAACUGGUCGGACAUUGAUAGGGCCUUUGCCUGGAGGAAGAAGUGUACAGAGUGCCAAUGGGGAAUGGAUUCAGUGGCAAGGACAGUGAAAUACAAGAAAUGUUUCUGAUAUUCCUGACUCAUAUACCAACCUCUAGUUUCCGUUUGAGGCCCAGUGGGGUGUCUUUGCCCAACAUACGCAUCGUGGUCUGUAGAGCCAUUACGUUCUUGAUCCCCGGAAGACGGGCCUCAACCACCAUCCUGGGAUACAGCCACAAAAAACAUCAAUGUUACCAAACCUGAAAAUAAGUGAUUAUUCAUUCUUAGAGUUUCUAAAUGAAAUAAUAAUACAAUGUCCACAUAUUAUCCCGACCUCAAGCCCUCCUUCAGUGCGUCAGUGUUGUUGCUCUGCUCCAUAUUUUGCAGACAGGAGGCCAAGAUGGACAAGUUCUUCUCAUCAAAGUUAUUCAGAUUUUCCUGUUAGUGGUCAAUAAAAUUAAUUCGGGUUAAACACAAAAACAUUUCCAAAUUGAAAGUUACAUUUCCUUGCCACUCAAUCUUUCGCCCAUCUACCUGGCAUGUUCGGAGAAAUGUCUGGAUCACACGGCUGCCCUGAGGAACCCCAAGAUUGACCAUACUCAGGACAGAAUAAGUCACAUCUUCAUUUCUCAUUUGCCCCACAUUCUUCAUGGCAUUUUGCAGCAGUAUGUCAAAGCCAGGAUGCUCAAACAUCAGCUGCAGCUCAUAGCGCCGGUUAUCAUUCGACAUCUUCUUACUACAGAAGCACAGAUGGGUCAGGCACGAGCUGAUCUGCUUAUAUGUGGGUGGGUAUUGGGAUGUGAGCUCCAACACAUCUGAUGGGGAACCACAGCGCUUCAGGCGGUCCAUUAAAGGCGAAGCCCUCUGUAUCUCCUUUGAGGUCGUCUCUUCAGAUUGGUCGUCAUCGGGCAGCGAAGACACUAACAGGGCAGAGGAAAGAGGCUCCUUCUCUUCCAGGACCUCACUGGGAAUCGUCCCCUUUGAGUAAAACCUCACUGAGCUCACAAGGCUGCUUUCCAGGCAUGUCUGGCGGUGCCUUGUGGUCCAUAUGUGUGCUAACUGCUGAGUGGGGAAAGAUGUGUAUUUGGUUGAUGUCUCCCCCAUUAGUUUGCUCUGUUGCCAUAGAGAUCUGCGGCUGCAGAGGCAUCCCCAUCUCGCGACCUCUUUUGCCCCCCAGGCAGACAUUGUACUGUAAUGAUUUAAGGGACGAGAUAGAAGAGUCCUUGCGUCCUUAAUUUACGCACUGCCCCUAUGUGGAGGAGAAAUGUUAAUCAGGUUUUUAGCUAUUAAUUUAAGUGAGAUGUAAAUAGUAUGGCAUUGACUAUCAAACUAGCUUUAAGUCGACACUUUAUUUACAUUAUUUGACAAUUAGUCAUCUUAGUAAUUAUUAAAAAUGAGUACUAUGACUGAAGAUAAACACAAGGUCAACAGACUGGCUCCUUCAAAAACACUGACUAGCUAGCAUUAGCUAAGGUUAGCAAAAUGACGCACCCUACCUUAUUACUCCAGCAUACAAGUAACUGUGACAAAGAAACACAUGGCACUUGCUAUUCCAUGAUAUAUUUGACUUUAAAUAUGUUUAACACAGAGCUACAUUACAUUACAAAUGGUUAAUGCUUGCUAGCAGUCCCAUGCGCUGCUCCGUGCUGUGUGCACCGCCAUAUUUAGUCCCCCUGUCAACUGCGCGCACUGUCAAAGCAUAAUUAACACUGUUCAUUGUAAAUGUAAAAUGUGCAAUAUUUAACACGCUUUAUAACAACAAGCUCUGUCGAUCUUUAAAUUAUAGGCCUCACAUUUAUCACAGUUAUAGGUCCCGGUUUAAUUUUUGUUUGUGGUGCUUCCUACACGGACUCAAAUAAGCGCUACACCCACGUUUCCUAGCAACCGACGCCAUCCGGGAUACAAUGGCCCAAUUUGUUCUCGCUGGCAAAACAGAUUGCCCACAUUACGCCAAAGCGGAACUAUUAGCAGACAGUCUGCAGAGAUGUCUGCCAAACUUCAAGAUCCACAAGAUCUCAGUCCUCCCAAAAGCAUGGAAGGAAUGGCUGGAGGACACCUGCAAAAGAAAUGGCUGGAAACACGAGCAGUCCCCUGUGAUCUGGAGGGAGCUGGUGAACCAAGGGGGGAAAGGGAUGCUUUUAGGGGGGUUUAGUGACUUCCUAGAGCAUUGUCAGGACUAUUAUAGCAUCACAUCAGACAUGCCUUCAGAUGUCAUGCUGAGUGUUGCAUCAGAGAAUCUGGCAACUAAGAUGAACUUAUUCGUAGAGGAGCAGCACCGUGUCAGUUCAAUUAAACCCCUUCACAUAUGGUUCAGCAGCGCUCUCAGCCCAACCAGCCACUUCCUGAUCCCCAAUCUGCUCUCUGCGGAGGUGUUCCCCAACACUUCGGCCAUCAGCCUCCACCUUUUAGACCUGGAGGGGAAAGAGGAGCAACUUCAAUGGCUGAGGAUGGAGACUGAGAACAUGGCACUCCCUCUACUAUAUCAAGUGACCACUCACACAGAUCUGGAACAUGCCUUCAAAGAAGCUGAUGUCAUUCUACUGCAGGACGAGUGUUGGUCUGAUGACAGCAAUACAGAGGAUGAGGAGGAAAGGAAGAAGAAGAAGCUGAAGAGAAUCUCAGACAGGUACAGAGAAUACGGACAGCUGAUUGACACAAGGGCCAACAAGGAGGUAAAAGUGAUCGUGUCCGGUGACUCCUUUGUCAACCUGAGAUGCUCGCUUCUUUUGGACAAUGCACGCUCGAUUGGCAGCAACCAAUUUGUCACCGUGGCAACUCAACUGGAGAAUGAAGCGAGGGCCAUCAUUGCAAAGAAGCUGAAAGUGAGGACGUCAGAUGUCACACAUGUCAUCGUGUGGGGAAACAUCAGUGAUAGUUUCUACAUUGACCUUCAGAGAGCAAAGGUUUUCAACUAUGAUGGGCCAAUCAAAGGACCAGCUUUCUUUUCCCUACCUGCCAAAAACAUCCUCCAAGAAAGGAAAUGGUUGGAGACAGACUUUCAGGAGUUGGUGCGUUGUCAGCGUGCAGCUGUGGCUUCAAAGAGCUGCCGAGUUGCUGCCAUGUCGCUCACAAAUGGGAUCCUCGCUGUCAUUAAGGCGUGGAAUGGCAUUUGUGGUCCAGAUGAGAUCUUCUCUUUGGGAGUGCUUUGCCCAGGUGACUAUAAUCUCCCAGAAGGCAUCGUCCUCUCAGUCCCAGUUACUUUCACAGACAGGAAGUGGUCCGUGCUGUCUGACGUGACACUUGAAGACGAUCUGAAGGAGAGACUGCAGAUCGCUGCGAGAGAACUCAAGCAGGAGAAAGAACUUGGAUCAGAGAAUAACGAGAUGUGAUAGAAAGAAGAAUAGGAGGAUGAAAUCAACGCAGACUAAAACAUGAUGAAGUAAUCCAGAAGAAGUCUUGUGUUUGUUUCAGUUUGUUCUUUUAUUCUCAAACUUUCACAUGUGGUGUUGCAGUUGUAUUUUACCAGUUUAAUGACAACAAAUCUUUUGCCGCUUUGUGAAACCCGUCCGUUGCUGUUAUAUUUUCAGAUGUAAAAGAUCAAACUGAGUACUUUAUGGAAAAAGGAGAAAUUAGAAAAUAUAUUCCUUUUUUAAAUUGUACAUUUCAGUAAGUGCCUUUUUUUUUUAUAGUU